GACUAUCGGCAGACAGUACAGCAUGUCGAGUGGUGGCAGCGGCAGCGAUGGAGAGGGCGGAGGCGGCGACCUGGAGGAAGGCGGGGGCGGAUGUCCGGUGACGAGCGCAUGGCUGGAGGCGGUGCUAGCCGAACACCAUGGCCUGCCUGCCGACUCCAACAACGACGACCUUCUCACAGUCGAGCAGCUGUCCGCCCGCCCCGGGUGUGAUGCCGCUGACAGCGUCCUCUCCGACAUCCUCGCCGUCUCCGUCCGCUACCGCCUCCACGACCAACCCCGCCACCUCCACCUCAUCGUCAAACUCCUGCCCCAAGAUCCCUUCAGUCGCUACUUUGUCACCGAGGCUCAGUUCGACCUGCGCGAAAUCAAGUUCUACACCAAGGUGGUGCCAGACCUGCACAGCCUCGACUCGAGUGUGGAGCUACCCAUUCCGCAGUGCUACCACGCGCGCUACACGGCCGACGUGGAGUCAGUGCUGGUGCUCGAGAACCUCAAGGAGCGAGGCUACGAGGGCGUCGACUUCUCCAAGGGCCUCACGCUGCCUCAGGCCGAGUCCGCGCUCGAGGCUGUCGCGAGGCUGCAUGCACUCGGGCUCGCCUUCAAGAUAAGAGAUAAAGUAGCCCUGGACGAGCACUACCCGUUCCUGUUCCAAACGGCUCGCGCAUCCGACUCCUAUCAACAGCUGGUGGAGCGAGGCCUGCCACAGCUGGCAGCCUUCCUGCGCACGCAGCCCCAAACCGAGCACCUACUGCGCAGCCUGAAUGACAUCAGGCCGCACACCAAAGACAUCAUAGCCGCGCUGCUGGCGCCGCAGGAGCCCCUCGCACUCAUCACGCACACCGACUUCUGGUGCAACAACCUGCUCUUCACACAGAACGACCAGUGUGCCGUGCUCGACUGGCAAAUGGUAACAUACAGCCGGCCAACCAACGACGGCCUCCUACUGGUCAGCUCCCUUCCGACGGAGCUGCGUCGUUCGCACACCUCUCACCUGCUGGACCACUACUGGACGACGCUGACUUCCCUCGCGCGACGCCUCCGGGUCGACAUCGACGCCGACCUCGGCUACGACCGACGCCGUCUGUCGGCCGACUUCCGGCGGUCACAGCUGCUCGCACUCCUACUCUGCAUCGGGUCAGUCGACGUCGCCCUCGGCAACCCCGCCACCGAGCAGCGACUCAUCGACGUGCUGCACGACCUGCACGAGGACGGCAUCCUGUCGCUCGAGGUGCUCGAUCUACCCAAGCACUAGGAGGCGCCACCCACCGUACACCGAUUAUUGUCACAACAGUACCCGAUUCUGAACACUUGUGAUUACAAUAUGAUAUGAAUGUUGAUAUUUUUUGCGAAUGAUAUUAUUUCAAGUAAAACAAUUCUGGAGAGAGAAAUUAUUAGAUGUCAAUGUUUGGGAAUAUUAUUCCAUUAUUGAAAUGUUUCGUGAGAAUGAUAUAUGAAUUCUGUACACAUGAGUAUUCAUUAUUAGAGUAACUAUGAGAUGUUAAUUAUUUUGAAAAUGAUAUUACUACAUUAUUGAAAUGUUUCACAUGAAUGGUGAUUAUGAGUUUCUUAGAUUUCUCGAAAAAGUUUUGAAUUAUGCUUGUAAAUCUUGGUUUAAGCUUGUUUUUCUUUCAAUCGGUGUCAUGAUAAGUAAAUUGUUCCCGCUGACGAGUUUUUCAUGAAGCGAUGUUUUUAUCGAAUGUGCCAAUAAUGUACUUGAAAGGUGAAGUGAGGGUGAAAAUACUUAUUUACCUCAAUGUUUUUUAUCAUCUGAUGAAACUAUCUGACUAAAAUAUUGAUUAUUGUGGAAUAUUUAUUUAUAGUUGAAAUGUCAAUGAUAAAUGUUUUUAGGACGUACAUGCAUACAAGAAUGUGUAAUGAAGGUAGUAUUUAAUAUGAAAUUGAUUUGAAAAAUGAAUUAAUUAAAAAACGUAACUGAAUUGGUUUUUGAAAUGUGCUAAGAUCGGAGUACGGAUUUUUGGUGGACAAUAUGAUACCCAAGACAUCCCUCCCCCCUCUAAACAUGAAUACCAUUCUUCCCCCCCACUGAUACCAAAAAUCGCACGCCCAAAUUCUAUCUAUCGCUAUCAAAUUAUAAUAGUAUAUAUUAUUAUAUUUUAAGAUUAUUAUCAUGACUAUUGAUUACAAUAUAGGAAAUUGUUGUCGAACGAAGAGUUUUAAAUAUUAUAUGUAUAUUAAAAUAUUGUACCGUAUUUGAAAA